GGUUUAAGGAUUUAUGCGGGAUAUACUUAGCUGCUCUAUAUAAAAAGGGCAGUUCUGGAAGCUUGUUUCAGUGCCAAGUGCAAGGCUUAAGAUGAAGGUAGUCGCUCUUUUGUUAAUCGUUGUUGGCGUCGGCUGCAUCCAGGCGCUCAGCUACGAGGAUGUGCUGGCAUCAGAGUUCGAAUCCUUUAAAGUGGAGUACGAGAAGAGUUACGAGGAUGACGGCGAGGAGCAGCUGCGCAUGCAGAUAUUCAAGGACAACAAGGAGCUGAUCGAUAGGCACAACGAGCGCUAUGCCGCAGGCGAAGAGACCUACGAAAUGGGCGUGAACCAAUUCACGGACAUGCUGGCAACGGAAUUCCGGAAAAUUAUGCUAUCAAAUCUCAACACCAGUGAUUUUACCUCCAGCAUUGAGUACAUCUAUUCGCCAGCAAAUGAUAAGAUUCCCAGCGUAGUUGACUGGCGUAACGAGGGCGCAGUUACGCCGGUGAAGAAUCAGGGCCGCUGCGGAUCUUGCUGGGCCUUUUCGGCAGCGGGCGCUCUGGAGGGACAGCAUUUUAUCCAAACGAAGCAAUUGAUUCCGCUCUCCGAGCAGAAUUUGCUGGACUGUUCUAGUCGCUAUAACAACCAUGGCUGUGGCGGUGGAUGGCCCGUCGCCGCUCUGAUGUAUGUUCGGGACAAUAGAGGCAUGGAUAAUGACAGGGCCUAUCCGUAUGAAGGCCAUGUUGGACGCUGCCGUUUCCGUCGCGAUAGUGUUAGCGCAACUGUCACACAGGUGAUGCAGGUGCGACAGGAUGAAGGCGCAUUGGCCAACGCCGUCGCCAAAAGGGGUCCAGUUUCGGUGGCAGUCGAUGCAACCUAUUUCCAGCACUAUCGUGGAGGCGUCUAUACACAUCGCUGUCGCCAGCAGGCGAAUCAUGCCAUGCUUGUCGUUGGCUACGGUUACGAUCAUCGCGGCGGCGACUUUUGGUUAAUCAAGAACUCCUGGGGUGGCUGGGGAGAGCAAGGCUACAUGCGCUUGGCACGCAACCAAGGCAAUCUCUGCCAUGUGGCUAGCUAUGCCGUGUUUCCGAUAUAGACGAACCAAAGCGAUUC